CAGGCGUUUGGAGAACCGUAUUUCUAUCUAUCUUUGGAUCUCUGUAUUUGCUAGUUAGCAGGGGAUUGCCGAAAUAGCUGUCUUUAGAACAUUCACACACUGGAUCUCUGUAUUCGUAUGCGUCUCCCAUUGGAAUAAAUAAUUAAGGAAUGUGGAAAUUACAGAAUGCCCAACAGCGCUGGAAAGAGAUUUAAACCCACCAAAUAUAUCCCGGUGUCUACUGCUGCCACUCUUCUUGUGGGAUCCACCACUUUAUUCUUCGUUUUUACGUGUCCCUGGUUGACUCACGCCGUCUCACCCGCUGUGCCCGUCUACAAUGGCAUUGUCUUCCUCUUCGUUUUGGCCAACUUCAGCAUGGCCACCUUCAUGGACCCGGGAGUCAUCCCCCGAGCGGACGAGGAUGAGGACAAGGACGACGACUUCCGGGCGCCGCUGUACAAGAACGUGGAGAUCAAGGGCAUCCAGGUCCGGAUGAAGUGGUGCACCUCCUGCCACUUCUACAGACCGCCCCGCUGCUCCCACUGCAGCGUGUGCGACAACUGUGUGGAGGACUUUGACCAUCACUGCCCGUGGGUGAACAACUGCAUCGGGCGGAGGAACUACCGGUUCUUCUUCCUGUUCCUGCUGUCGCUGAGCGUGCACAUGCUGGGCGUGUUUGCCUUCGGCCUGCUCUUCGUGCUGCAUCACAUGGAGCAGCUGGCGGCGUUGCAUACCUCCGUCACGCUGGUGGUGAUGUGUGUGGCUGGUCUCUUCUUCAUCCCCGUGGUUGGCCUCACAGGGUUCCACAUGGUCCUGGUGGCCCGGGGCAGAACCACCAAUGAGCAGGUGACGGGGAAGUUCCGCGGGGGCGUCAACCCCUUCACGCGGGGUUGCUGUGGCAACGUGCAGUAUGUGCUUUGUAGUCCGUUAGCUCCGAGGUACAUGCUGGACCCCCGGAAGAAGCCACAGGUGUCCGUCCAGCCACCCUUCCUGCGCCCGAACCUGUCGGACAGACGGCUGUCCGUCAAAGUCAGCGACAACGGUAUCCAUGGAAGCAUCCUGCGCACCAAGUCCAAAGGGAGUCUGGACAUGCUGGAUGACAAAUCUCUGGACAUCGGGCCCCCCCUUCCCCCCAAGGCCGACAAAUACGACAAGUACAGUGACCUGAAGAGCCAGCUGACCUCCAGCGAAGAGAGCUCUCUCUCCUCCUCCAAGCCCCCGAAUCCCCCCACCCCCGCCAUGUACAAACACCGGCCCUCCUUCGGAUCCAUACCCAAGGUGCACUUCCACGGGACCGAGGUGAAGAUCAUGAUGCCCGACGACCACAAGGGGGCGGCCAUACUGGAGGAAGGCGGAGGCAGGGGUCACGACUAUCGCUCGGAGCCCAACCUGGACCUGCCGGAUUACCGGAACCCUCCGCUGCACCGCACCUUCCAGUCCUCCCCGCUGCAGCUGGACGCCCUCUCCAUCAACUCGCGGUCCCUGAGCCUGAAGCAGGCGCACCGGCGGGCCGACCGGGCCCAGCUGCAGGUGGCGCCCUGCUCCUCCACGCCGUACCGGAGCGUGUUCUCCCCGGGAACGCUGUCCGGCCGGAACGGGAGCCUGUCCUACGACAGCCUGCUCAACCCCAGCGGCGGGGAGUGCCCCGCCCACCCGGGGGUGACCCCCCCUGCCGCCUACCACUCGCCUUACCUACCCCCCAAAGCCUGCCACGCCCAGCCCCGCGGCCCACCCGAACUGCAGCAGCGCCCGCCCCCCUCCUCCGCCUACAGCCCCGUCCUCGGGGGAGGGGGCGUGGGCAGGCACUCCCCCCGCCCCCGGGACCCCUCCCCGGUCCGCUACGACAACCUCUCCAAAAGCAUCAUGGCCUCCAUCCAGGAGAGGAAGGAGAUGGAGGAGCGGGAGAAGUCUCUGCAGCACAUGCUGCAGCAGCCCCCGCCCUACGCCUCAGACUCGGGCGUGUACGACUCCCCGGGGGGCUACGGCCCCCCCUGCUACCCCGACAGCCCCCGAGUGGGCCUGGGCAGGGGUUCGAGGGGCCCCACCCCCCCGGCGUACGGUUCCCGCGACAACCUGUCCGGCUACGGGGGCCGGACGUCAGGCCUUCGCUCCUCCCCCUCGGCGUCCGUCGUCGUCUCCUCAUUGGUCCGCCAGUCCCCCAGGACUUCCAGCUCCUCCCUGCAUGCCGAUGUGACCAAUAACAACGCGGCAGCCUCUUACCGAUCCCCCGCCCACCAGGGUCACUCAUCCCCCUCCCCCACCCCCCGUUCCCCCCCUGCCUAUGGCCUCCAGAAGCCCCUGUCCUUCAUCAGGGCCCUGGAGCGGACAGACUCACCCCCGCUGGGGGGCCCCAGGGAGGAGGCUGAUGGGAAGCUGGCUCUGAGUAAGAUUAACGGGCAGCCCAAGGGCCAAUUACGGGCUGACUGCCACCUAGGCUCCACCCACAGUGUCCAUGGCACGCCCCUCAGCCCCAGCCGUCACAGUAACGUCAGAAAGGUGUCCGGAGUGGGCGGGACCACCUACGAGAUCUCUGUGUGACAGCGGACUGCCCCGCCCAUCCCAGGCAGCACUGCCAUGGCAACCACCAUCACCACGACAACAUUAAAGAGAAAGGGUUGUUUUGUUUAUUAUUCUCUUCUUUUUUAAAUAUUGACCAAUCGGGGAGCCCGAAGCCUUACUUGACAGGGGUUACCUUCUAAUAGGCCGGCCUCUGUUAUUUAUAUCGUAGUGGCCUGCCCCUUGUGUGGCUAUGUUGGGGAAUUUGGCUUCAGUGUGUCUGUGUAGUGGGGGGGAAAAAAGACAUGAAGACUGGUUCAUUUUUUCCGAUUUCCUGUCUGUUGGCUCCUCCGGACAGCCCCGUUUGUCGACAGCAUGACUACACAGAGACGUCAGUGUUGUCCCUUAGUUUUCAUUCUUGUACCUGUGGCACAAAAAGCCUUUUUAUUAUUUUAUUUUUUGUUCCGAAGCAAAAUGGACAUGGUGUCAAAUGUACUCAGGCUCUGAACAGCAUGUAAACCCUCCGCACAAACACACAGGUUCAUUGUUUUUCUGUACGCUUCGAGAAGGUUAGAGAACUGUUACCAUCUGCUGUUGCCAGCGACUGCUUCAUGCCAUAUCUAAAUUCACCGGAUGACCCUUUGUUGAAGCUUGCGUUGUUGAAGGGGUGAUUUCUGUAGCACAGGGUUUCCUGCACCCCUGUGUGACACCCCCAAAAGUGUGGCUCUUGGGAAGAUGCCUGUUCUUGCCAUUUUUGUUUGAUGAUUGUGAUUAUUUUGUCAUUAUUUCGGCCCGGUUUUAUUUGCUGGCCAGUCCAGGCCGGAUGCAGUCAUCAAAGCUGAUGAGUGAGCAGCCAUCCUGAAGUUAACAGUGUGCUAUCGCUGAUGUUUUUCAAAUCCGCUAACCACAAAGCAAGAGAGAAGCUGACGAUAUGGCAAAGGCUUUUUUUAUGGCAGUCCCCGCUUGUACUGUACCUAGAACUGUGCUCUCACUAUGAUUUGGGCAGUCUCCACUCUUCAGUGUCUUGUGUCAGAUUGAUUUGUCAAAACUGGGAGCCAAUAGGAACAAUGGCAGUAUUGGUCAAUACAUUCCAGUUGGGAAGGCAAUUGGGUGUUCGCUCCAGCUGUUCGGUAGUUUUCCCGUCACGUGACUGUGCGCCGCGUUUCAUUGGUCCAGGUAAGUCACUGUCGCGCUUGUGUGCUGCAUUCUCCAAUCAGGUUCAAGCUGUGGGACGGGCUCAUUGUAGCUCUACCACUAUUGGUGCUCCUGAUGCAGACUGGAUGACGGGAUGGAGCCUGCCACUCCUUCCCUGUCUAUUCCACUGCAGUGGUUGGUGCAGCACAGCAAGAACUGUUUUCUUCAAAUGUUUGUGUUUGGGAAAAAAAAAACACCAUUGGUACUCAACCACACAUAGUGAAUAAGCUCAGACUCUUUACUUUAAUGACCCUUUAUUUGAAUAUGUAUUUUUUUUAAUCAACACGGCCAUAGGCUUAUACAACUGUGGUUUUAAAAUGCCUUGUUUAGACUGGAUAAAAACAACAACAGUAUUGUCCUUGGCUGUGUUACACAUGGAAACUCUAAAGUCAGCUAUGAUUUGAUUUUUUGUUUGUUUUUUUACUGGUUUAGUUUCUUUUUAUACCCAACGUUUCAAUCCUUUGAUACAUCUUCCUUUUUAUACAGAUAUUCUGGCCGUGAGUGGAUGUUUUUGUUACAAUUGGAAUUUUUUUUUGUCUGUUGGUUAUUUAUAAUUUAAGCAAAUAAAUUAACAAAUUAUCCUGUACUGAAC